CAGCAUCAGAAGACAGAACAUAAAACAAAAUUAUUGUGAUCUGGUGAUAUCAAGCAGAACGUUUGGCCAACACGGAGAGGUCUUCAUUACCGCCGUGGCUGCUCUCAUGACAGUGCAGUGGCUCUAGUUAGCGGGAAUAGGCAACUAGGCUGGGUUUGCGACUGUAGCUAGACCUCCACAAACUUUUGACAGUACAAUCAUGUACCUAUUUCAUUGAUUCUAUCCUAUCUUGCACUCCGAAAUACACGCAGCAAUUCCAAUACGUCCUGGUCCAGCAAUGACGGCUAUACUGAGCAAGGACAGCAGAUGCAACCGUCUGCCUCUAGAGAAACAACAGCUCGUUACUGCAUUGAAAGAAGCUGUGCAGAAGCAGUAUGGCGAGGAAGAUGACUUCUUGGAUGACGCGACCUGUAGACGAUAUCUGGCAGGUUAUAAGUGGUCACUGGAGCAAGCGCAGACACAUUUGAUGAAGACGUUGCGGUGGAGAGCUGACGUCAAGCCGGAGACGUGGACGUGUGAGUUCUGCCUAGAAACGCCGGGACAGCACAGUAUGCGGCAGAUCGGCUUUGACCGUGCUGGGCGCACCGUCUUGUACACAUCGUUUGUUCAAUGUGCGUCAAACUCGUUCUCGGCCGAAGAAAGCGUGCGCCACAUGGUCUUCCUGCUGGAGAACGGCGUACGUUCCAUGCAGCAUCGCUUUCACACCAAGCAGCAGAAUGCCAGCGUGCAGGACGUGGAGGAGCCAGCAGCAGCACAGGAUGACACGCUGAGCAAUCAUAGCGCCGCGUCGUCGUCCUCCUCCCAAACUGGUCGCCAUCACCACGUGCCGGAGCAGUGGGUGGUCGUUCUCGACUGCACGGGGAUGACGCUGGCGGCGUGCAACCCGCGCAUUGCCUCCGCCGUCACCGCCAUCAUCGGCAACCACUAUCCCGAACGGCUUGGCACGGUCGUCACGCUCAACGCCGGCUAUCUGAUGCGCUACGCCUGGGCUGCAAUCAAGGUAGUGUUACCAGCAACUAUGGCCUCCAAGCUCCAGUUCAUCAACUCCGAAGCAGAUUACCGGAAAGCGCCGGUUUGCGAUGUCUUCGACGAGGAGCUGCGCGAGUGGGUGCGCGAAGAGGAGCGUCUCAAUCGUGUCCACCCUCUGCCCGACUCGCAACGGAAUUUCUGGAAGCGACCAUUGCCGCCGGCACACAAUGCCGAUAACGCAGCACCGGUCCAUGACCCACGGGGAACGCCGUCCUACGUGCGCGAUUACGUAGAGGCACUUGACGUGGACCAAAGUGGCAAGGACCGAAAAGCACAUCAACCCCAUCCUAACAUCAUUCAAGAUUUAGCCGGGAGAAUAACAACCGUGUAACGAACCCUUGCCAUGCACCAAAAUAACUUAUGAACUGAUAUGCACUACUGAAGGCACUACCAUUAAUCUACUACCACUUCAUGUAGACGUAGACGGUGCAUCGGUAGGAGCGCUCCACUGGCAGCAGCAGCAGACAAGGCCACACCGCGCUUGUCUGCGAGAGUCCUAUCUUCCAACCAGCCAACGGCAGCUGCUGCGAUACACACCGGUUUGACGCUGCGUGCGUGACAAAACCGCUGACGUCAGCUCAACACUGUUCAUCUCCCGGCGACCGGCUUGUCUGCAGUGCCCACCCAUGACCUGCAGCUCCAAAGAAGACACCACCAGUCCCUGCUGUGAAAAGCAUUCCAACCCUCUGAAAUAGACUAUUUAUUUUUUAGCUCCCUAUUUAUGUAACCACCAAUGGCCCUAUCCACAUACCUAUCCACAUACCUUUCACGGUAACGAUUUCCUACCGAGUACCAUGAUCUAUCCACAGGGUUACUCAAGGCAAUUUAGUUUGCGUUUAGUACUAGCAAUUGGUGGAGAGAAAACAUGUAUGCUGUCAGCUGUGCAAAGCUUGUCACAUUGAGUACGGUAGUACAAAUUACUGUUCCAGUUAGUUUUGUUGAUAGCGUCAAAGCCUGUUCAGUUCUACCGCUGUGCCUUGCGGCAGCUCAUACGGCGCUAAUUGCGUGUGCGGCACUUUUUAAAUCACUUUCAUGCCUGCUCAAUUGGGUUUUACGCUACUAAGAAAUAAAAGGCAAUGCGAACUGCAUUUCCAAGCCAAACG